AUGUUCGAUGGUACUAUAAGGGGACCAAGAGUAAUAAGUUUAUCUGGCUCCUCAUUUCAAACUUCUUCAGGGCCAAAUCGCAAAACUCAGCCAAGAUUUGAUGUUUACUCAUCAAUUAGAAACAAAGCGGCCAAAAAAAUCAAAGAUUCUCUAUUAUCCAAACUCCGCCACAAACAACAAAUCAAGCUACUAACUUCAGACAUAGAUCAUUUGAUUUCGGAAGUAAAUAAAUUUUUCUUAGAUUUUAAUAUACCUGAAAUUUGGGGAAUUGACCAAAUUGUAUCAUAUCAUCCGAUUCUAAGAUUAAUACGAGUAAUAACAGCAAUUCACAAUAAUUUCCCGGAUUUAAUUUCUAGUUCCUUAAAAAAUGAUUCAGUAAAAAUUUUAAUUGACUGGUAUAAUUCGCCAAUUCCACACUAUUCCUUUGAUUUUCUUCUGGAAAAUGACCAGACGAAGGCACAAUUUAUAUUACUGAUAACCAGAUAUGUUAGGAUAUUUUAUAAAUUUGAGCCUCCUUUGGGACUGAAAAAUGCAUUCAAAGUAGGAAAUUUGUUGCUGAAACUUGAUCCAUUGACCCAGCAUGAACAACAAUUCAUCAGAAACGUCGAUAAUAUUAAUUUUUACUGUAAAUUAGUCACAAAUUGGUACCCAUCGACUCUGGUUAGAGCUCUUUUGACGGGAGAUUGUGUUCAAGAAUUGUUAGGCCUGAGCAUAUUUUUAAAGCCUCUGAUCAAUGACGCAAAGGAGGCCUUUGAAUUGUUUGUUAGAUUUUGGUGUGCACCUGAGCUAUCUGUGCCAAGUGAACACCUUUUAGAUGUGUUGAAGAGUACAAUUCACGAAAACUUCCUGAUUGGUUCAUCAACAAUCAAUGACCAAUCUCAUGCUACACAGAGUUCAAAACCUGAUUCAACACAUUUUAGAGGUAAUAAACGUAAUGUCAAAGAGUUUGAUGAAUUGGUGGAAGAAAUGAUGAAAAACUGUGCUGAAAAGUUACCGCUGGAAAUAACUUUAAAUAGCGUUAAGAUGAAUCUUAUAGAGGAAAACCUAAAAACUGAACUACAAUCGUACACUUUCACCAAUCAUCUUCAUUUACUACAUUAUAAUCUUGUGACUACUUUUAAUACUACUAACAAUAUGGUUAGUUCAUUUGUCACUAAUAAACACUUCAACAACAGCAUCGUCACUAGUAAUAGUGUUAAUACCGCGUUACCGGUGUAUUAUCACGUAUUUUAUAAUUUGUUGAACUUGCUGAAGGUGAUUGUGGAGGAGAAUUUGCUGACCCAGAGAACACUGUCUAAGCAGUUGGAAUCGAUUUUUAACGUAUUGUUGGUCACCUUCUACCACUUUUCUAACCCUCCAAACCUGUAUUCACUACAGUCUAAAUACUUUUCCUGGACUAAGUUCCUCUGCCUGCCAAACCUGAACAGGAAUUUAAUACUAAUAAUAAUCCAGUUACUCUUACCAACAUACCAGAAACGCUAUUUCCUCAACACAAAUUAUGAUUAUAUUGUGUACAAAUUGGUUAACUUUUUCACUCCAGCGGAAGUAAACCAGCCGGAACUGGAUUCUUCAGUGGCUAACAUUUUACUAUCAGGGUCGACCAUAACUAUACUGUUGGAAUUGUUUAAAACACACCUGGAUAAGUGUUGUGAUAAUAACAUUUUAACUCUUUUUUCACAUCUUGACCAGGAUAAUUCAAACUAUUCCACCUUUUCUUCUUUGUGGUAUGCGUUUUGUCAACUUAUUAAUCAUUCACUUAAGGUACUGCAUCAAAGCAGGUGA